CUAGGAAGUGCCAGGAUCCCCCAGAACUCCAUGGGUCAGUCUCUGCCUCCAGCCCCCACGCCGAGAAGGCCUACCCUAAGCAGAGGCCGAAGCGAGUGAAAGCCAUCUACAACUGUGUUGCCGACAACCCAGACGAGCUGACCUUCUCUGAGGGCGAGGUGAUCGUGGUGGAUGGAGAGGAGGACCAGGAGUGGUGGCUGGGCCACAUUGAAGGUGAUCCGAUGAGAAGAGGAGCCUUCCCGGUGACAUUUGUACACUUCAUUGCUGACUGAAACAUUCCUCUCAGGGCCUCAGGAAGAGUCGAGGGAUGCAGCGCCGCUCCUUCACCCGUCUGUCCAGCCAGCUGGCAAAAAACAUCCACCAUCGUCCCACUGUUUGUUGUUGACUUCAUCAUCUGCAAGCUUCUAGUGUCACUGCUGGAUAAACUCCCUCGGCUGCAACUUAGUAUGGCUGUCGUCAGGGCAACCAUAGCAGAAAGUCUGGGUGUCAUUCCUUUGCAAGGCGUCAUGGGACUGUAUGUGGUUUUAAUGCUUGCUGUUAAUGUUUCUGACAAAGACUCUUUAAGAUUUAAAAACAAUGAUUGUAGUGAAUGACCUCUAGCAAUAAAUGCACUUUGCUUUGCUUUAUCCCUGUUACAACACAAGACGACAUGCAACGUAAUGAAGGUUAAUAUGUACAGUAUUCAUUUCAUCCAUUUUCUGUUCAGCUGCAUUGUACAGAUAGCACUAUGAAGACUACAGCAAUGUAUUUUAACUUACUAACGACUGUAAAUGUGAAAAUAGUCAACAUGCUUACAUUCAACUUCUGUGCAUGAGCGGUUUUAAAUGCCUACCUGCUUAUAGGUGCGACCAUUCAACUCUGUAGUAAGCCUUCGGUGUGGAGGUUUUCUCAUGGUGCUAAAUUAACCUUGAAUGUGCUAGAAGCUACACCUGAGGGAUUGUUUCCUUGUCCCCAUUUUAAAGAUGGACUGGUGUUGAAAGGGGGCAAACAUAAUUAAAAAUAGACUAACUCAUCACACCUGCAAGAAACCACUUUCUCCCAGGUGUGUGGAGGGAUGGAACAGCUUUUCCACACACACACAGUCUGCAGUGUUUCAUCGUAGAGGAUAAUAUUCAACAGCAACACUCCAGUUCUUCCUCCAGGACUGUUUUAGGUUGAAGGCUGACACUGAGUGGAGCUGCAGCAGCCGUAAUUACCUUUAUGCCGAGUCUGACACCUCGAGCUGUCCUCGCGUGUCACCCGCCUUAUUAGAGGAACAGGAAGGGUUUGUGUUUGCCUGUCUCGUCUGCACAGAAUAAGCUGAGAAUAAAAGAAUAUUGAAGAAAGAGGAGAUAAAAAGAACACGGGAAUGUGAUGAAAAGUAGGAAUUGGCUCUCUGACUUUUGUUGCUUCCGCUUGCCUUUAAGAGCGCUCACUUUUUGCUGUUUUUUUUUUUUUUUUUUGUUCACAAAUGAGCUGAAUUUAGUCUCUAUCUUUGACAUUAUACAGAGAAAGAAAUAUCCUUCCUUUCAUCUUACCCUCCUAUAUCCGUACACCUCUGGGGUCCCAUAAUGUAGAAAGAUGGGUUUAUCAGUAGUGUUAUGAAAUAUAAAUAAAUGUAGUAAUAACUUCAUUUUGGUUGCAGAGCAACUUUCUUUGUUCAUAAUGUUGAUAUUUAGGCAUUUAACCGGAAAACCAGAGCCUUCCGUGGAUUUGUUAAUAAAGAGAAGUGCAUCGUAACUGAUACUCUCUUCGUGUUUAAUGAACUCACUAAAAACAGGAAGAUUUAAUAAUCUAUUCAUGUAAAUAGAUUUGAUUUUCUGAUAUUUAUAUGUAAAGAAAAGUUAACCCUGGGCAGUAAAUGUCUUUGUGCUGUGGUGAUGGCAGUUACAGAUACAACCUCAGCUGGACCUCUGUGUGUUUGUGUGUACUGAAUACACAAAGAACACACACAACUAGGAAAAUAAACUCAAUUCAUUCUCAUUAACUGUCUGUGGAUCACUGCAUCGACUCUUAACUCUGUGCAAGUAUAAGGGAAAAUGAAACUGGAACAAUAAAAUAUGAACAAACAA